AUGAAAUUGUACCAGGGAAAGGCUGAAGUAGCUCAGAUGGAUAAGUACCAGGGUGUGCCACCUCACACCAGUGACAAGGUCGAAGAGUCUCGACAAGUCGAGGUAGAAGAUGCGCCAGCACUCGCCCCUCGAUUGGACAAGCACGGUCUACCUCUUGUACCUCAGCCAACACAGCGCAAAGACGACCCUCUGAACUGGUCACCACUGCUCAAAUUAUUCGUCCUGCUACAAGUCAGUUGGCUUUCUUUCCUAGGGCCCAUGGCUGGAGCUAUCGUCAAUCCUGCGUUCGUCCCAUUGAGCAAGCAAUUCGACAUCACUGUGGUCGAAGCCUCCUACGAGCUCACUGUAUACAUUGUCUUUGCAGGAAUAGGGCCAUUGCUCACGGUGCCGCUGUCCAAUGUGUACGGUAGACGGCCGGUUUAUAUUUGCGGAAAUCUCCUUGCUGCUGUGACCAACAUCGCAGCCGGGUAUUGCAACACGUGGUCGGGCAUUAUUGCGACACGCGUGUUCAAUGGCAUCGGUGCUGGCUCCCCUACAGCCAUCGGUGCAGCAACGAUCUGCGACAUGUACUUUCUUCAUGAACGCGGAUUUUACAUGGGCAUUUUCACAUUCUUUCUCACCAAUGGACCCCACGCAGCUUCGUUGUUUGGCGGCUUUAUCGCUCAGAACCUUGGCUGGAGGUGGGCUUUCCUCAUUCCUGGCUAUAUUCAACUGGGCACAAUGGUGUUUACCCUGUUUUGCCUGCCAGAAACCCUGUUCUUCCGCCGGACCGUCGCCGGUCAUCGAGAGCGCUCUUUUAGAGAUCUACUUCUGUUCAGACUAUCCGGAUCCCAAGAGCGCAGACUUCGGCCUAUUGACUUUCUAAGGCCCUUUUAUAUGUUGAAAUACCUUUCAAUCGUCAUCCCCGGCCUUUAUUACAUGACAGCAUUUGGCUUCGGUUCAGUAAUGUUUGCCGCGACAGGAUCGAGCCUCUUCCGAAAGUUCUAUCAUUUCGAUGUCGCGCAGACUGGAAUGAUGCUCAGUAUACCGCUGCUCAUCGGGUGCCUCCUUGGUGAAAUGAGCGCAGGGUGGCUCACGGAUUGGAUGGUGUAUCGAUACGCAAGAUCGCAUGGAGGCAGACGAGAACCAGAGCCACGCAUCAAUGCCGUCGUUCUCGCUGUUCUGUGUCCAAUCGGAAUUAUCAUCGACGGUGUCUGUCUGUCUCACUAUAGAACGGUAUCCUGGGUAGGAGCCGCAUUUGGCAUGGGAAUUGCGAACUUUGGCCUGCAGAUUGCAACAACCGUCACCUAUUCAUACUGUACCGAUUGUUACAAACCGCAAAGCUCCGAGAUAUCAAGCAUUCUCAACGUGUUUCGAAAUGUCUUUUCGAUGACGAUUUCCUUUUAUGCGAUCCCUUUUGGUGAAAAGGUUGGGUAUCAAUAUGCAUGGCUGACGUUCGCCCUGCUGAAUAUCGUCUUUCUAAUCCCUAUGAUUCUGCUUCGAUUCUAUGGCAUCAGAUGGAGGAAUAGUUCUUGGCAGAAGCCUCCGGCUUUCCAUAACGACAUCUAG